CUACUUGCAGAAACAUUAGAAAAUGGCAAAAUGCGAGUGCAAAUGCGGACAAUCCUGUUACUGAUAACGCCACCGGUCACUCCUCAGCGCCGCCGUAAGCUUUUGCACUACACGCCGCCGGUCCUCUCCAAAAACUCCUAUUUCCACUCCAAUUGUAAACCACUUGCCCAAAUAUCGUCAAUGGCCGACAACGCCGUCGCCCUUGCCUCCGAUGGUACACAUGUCGCUGGAGAUUGGUUCUCAGUGCCUGAACUUCGACUCCGGGACCAUCGCUUCACCGUACCUCUAAAUUACUCGCUGCAAGAAUUUACUUCCCCGAAGAUCACGGUCUUCGCUCGCGAAGUCGUCGGUGUUGGGAAGGAAGAGCUACACCUUCCUUUUCUACUAUACUUACAGGGUGGGCCUGGAUUCGAGUGCCCUCGGCCUACCGAAGCUAAUGGAUGGAUACAUAAAGCAAUUGAAGAAUACCGUGUUGUUCUAAUGGAUCAGCGUGGAACAGGCUUAUCAACACCUUUGACAACAUCUUCGAUGUCUCAAUUUAAAUCUUCGGAAGAGUUGGCUGAUUACUUGACACAUUUCCGAGCUGACAAUAUAGUGAAUGAUGCUGAAUUUAUUCGGAUAAGGCUAGCUCAUGAUUCAACAUGGACGGUGUUGGGACAGAGUUAUGGGGGCUUUUGUGCUGUGACUUACCUGAGUUUUGCUCCACACGGAUUGAAACAAGUCCUUUUAACUGGCGGGAUCCCUCCAAUUGGAAGUGGAUGCACUGCCGAUUCUGUUUACAGAGCUUGCUUUGAGCAGAUUGUACGUCAGAACGAGAAGUAUUACAAGAGAUUCCCUCAAGAUAUUGCAAUAGUCCAAGAAGUGGUAAAAUAUUUAGCAGAGUCUGAAGGAGGAGGGGUACCUCUUCCUUCGGGUGGCGUCCUGACACCGAGAGGACUACAGUUGCUGGGAUUAUCAGGUUUAGGAUCUAGUACGGGUUUUGAACGAUUGCACUACAUGUUCGAGAGGGUAUGGGAUCCUAUAUUAGUUCCAGCGGCACCAAAGAAAAUUAGCUACUACUUUUUGAAUGCAUUUGAGAGGUGGUUGGAUUAUAACACUAAUCCCCUAUACGCAAUCAUGCACGAGUCCAUAUACUGUCAGCGUGCUUCGUCUAGUUGGUCUGCCCACAGAAUCAGGGCUGAAAAUGAUCGUCAAUUUGACGCAAUUAAGGCUGUCAAGGAAGGGCGCCCUGUGCUUUUUACCGGCGAGAUGAUCUUUCCAUGGAUGUUUGAAGAAAUUCAUGCAUUGAGACCUUACAAAGACGUUGCAAACAUACUUGCAGAGAAAAAGGAUUGGUCUCCUUUAUACGACGUCGCCACCCUGAAAAACAACAAGGUUCCAGUUGCUGCUGCUGCUUAUUACGAAGACAUGUACGUAAACUUCAAUCUGGUGAAGGAGACGGCUUCUGAGAUAGCCGGAAUCCGGCUAUGGAUCACGAACGAGUUCAUGCACUCGGGGCUGCGGGACGGCGGCGGGCAGGUGCUGGAGCAGUUGUUUGGAAUGCUGAAUGGGAAGAAGCCUCUGUUUUGAUACAAUACAUAAAUGGUAUGUAUGUAUUUCCUUCUUUUUCAUUUCUUUGCUUCCAUUCCUUUAAUGGCUUCUCUACUUUGCUGUGUUUUUUCUUUAUAUUACGAAACUUUUUUCAGGCUUGUGUUUUUACUUUACUUGAAAGUGUGUUUUUGCUUGCGGGUUUUCGGGUUGGGUUUGGGGUUUUGAAUAACAGAAUUUUGAAUUGAGAUGGAUGCUUAAUUUGAUAUAA